AUGCCUGGGCAGAAGAUUGAAACAGGUCAUACAUACAUAAUCCAUGAUGUUUGUAUGGAUUACUAUGGAAAACGAGUAGCAUCCACCUCCUCUGAUGCCACAAUCAAGAUAAUCAGUGUCACCACCACCAUCAGCACCGCCACCUCACACCUCCUUACCACAUUGACAUGUCACAAUGGUCCAGUCUGGCAGGUUGCAUGGGCCUACCCUAAAUUCGGGUCCCUUCUUGCAUCACAUUCUGAUGGGAUUCUUCUGCAGCACAUUCUGCUGGGGGAUUCUACAACCAAAGGGAUUGAGAAAUUUGAGACAGAUCUUAAGACCAUGCACCCUAGUUUGACUGAAUGCCGUGUUUUGAAGUCAAAAUUGGAGCUUUCUGUGAUCCAAUAUGCCAUUGGUAUAAGUUCUGAAGCUCACACUAAGCUGGGAACCAAUGGUGAUGAUGCGAGCUUUUGGAAUGCUAAAAAAAGGUUAAAUGAGGAAAAUCAAUGUGUCAAAGCUAUCGACUGUUUGGACUGGAAUGAGGAACCUAAACCUAAGAAACAGUCCGCUCCUACAGCUAAAAUUGGAUCGAAUAAAAAACCUGUUAGUAAACCUGUAAGUAGUUCAGAUGAAUCUGAAUUUGAAUCUAAAUCAUCGGAUGAUAGUGAUUCAUCAAAUGAAGAAGAGGCGCCAAAAAAGCCAGCUGCUGUUGCCAAGAAUGGUGCUGCUGCAGCCACCAAGAAAGCCAAGUGA